GAACCAAGUGUGGUCUAUUAAUUAUGCUGCGCCAUCCCCUCGUAUCUUACGCAGCUGUCAACCUCUAUUAAUUUCGGACCCACUUUCAACCAACCUUCAGCUGCCGGCCGGCGCAUUAUACCUCUCCUCUGUUCACGCUUUUGACUGCUUCACAACAAGACUUACUCAAUAUGGGGAAGAAGAAAGUGAUGCUGCCGGCCGAUGAAGUUGAUUUGGCUACGGUGAAGUACCAGUACGAAGCAAUUGAAGCGCCGCAUUUGACUGGAAUUGGACUCAAGUUGUUCGUCAAAGUGCUCGAAGCGCCGUUGAUUGGCUCUUUGAUAAUUUCGCAAUUGAAGAAGAAGAAUAAAAUGAUUGAGAUUCUGAGGAAUACCGUGAUACCCGAGGCUCCAAUGUUCAAACCCGGAUUUCCUCCUCGAGAACCAGAAACAGGAGUUGUUCCUUUAGACGAGGACCAAAGGCCCGAGGAAAGAGUUGAAUUAGCUCUAAAGAGUCUUCCAAAUUAUGAGCCUGCCAAGAGUUUGAGCACUGAUCCUUCUUCACCUUUUUGCUAUUGGAAGAUUAGAGACUUUGCAUAUGCAUACAGAUCCAAAAUUACCACCCCAUCUAUUGUUGCGGAGCGGUUUAUUGCAGCAAUGGACCAUUUUAACAAUAUGAAACCUCCUACUCCCUUGUUGAUUUCUUUUGACCCUGAACUUGUACGAAAGCAGGCUGCAGCUUCCACCAGAAGGUUUGAGGAAGGCUGCCCAGUAUCAAUCCUUGAUGGGAUUUUUAUGGCAAUUAAGGAUGAUAUUGAUUGCUUUCCGCAUCCAUCAAAAGGUGGAACAACCUUCUUCCAUGAGGUUCGUCCUGUUGAAGAGGAUGCAGCAUCUGUUGGAAGAUUACGUAGCUGUGGUGUGAUCUUAGUCGGAAAGGCAAAUAUGCAUGAAUUGGGUCUGGGAACAACAGGAAAUAAUCCAAAUCAUGGAACAGCAAGAAAUCCUCAUGAUCCUGCAAGAUACACUGGUGGGUCAUCUUCAGGGCCAGCUGCAAUUGUUGCUUCUGGGUUAUGUUCAGCAGCAUUAGGAACGGACGGGGGAGGUUCAGUCCGUAUUCCAUCCUCCCUGUGUGGUGUAGUAGGACUGAAAUCAACAUAUGGAAGGACUGAUAUGAGUGGCUCAAUAUGUGACUCUGGAACGGUAGAGAUUAUUGGACCCAUCACCUCAAAUGUUGAAGAUGCAAUAUUAGUGUAUGCAGCAAUUCUGGGAUCUUCAACUGCUGAAAGGAUUGCUUUAAGACCUUCUCUUCCUUGUUUGCCUGAUUUAACUUCAAAUGAAUUAUCCCAUGGCUCUGGAUCAUUAACAUUGGGGAAGUAUACAGAGUGGUUUAAUGAUGUAUUCUCCACUGAGAUCUCUGAUAAGUGUGAGGAUGUUCUCAAUCGUUUAGUAGAGAAUCAUGGAUGCAAGAUGGUGGAGAUAGUUAUCCCUGAGCUUCUCGAGAUGCGCACUGCUCACAUUGUUUCAAUUGGCUCUGAAUCUGCAUGUGGACUGAAUCCUGAUUAUGAAGAUGGUAAAAAGGCGAAGUUCACACUUGACACACGGACAAACUUAGCACUUUUCCAGACAUUUUCGGCAUCAGAUUAUGUUGCUGCUCAAUGUCUGAGGAGAAGGCUCAUGUACUACCAUAUGGAGGCCUUCAAAGAGGUAGAUGUCAUUGUAACUCCGACUACAGGGAUGACUGCACCUGUUAUUCCUCCAGCUGCACUUAGUUUGGGAGAGACAAAUAUGCAAGUUACUGGAAAUCUCAUGCGCUUUGUUGUAACGGCAAAUCUUCUCGGGUUUCCAGCAAUAUCUGUCCCGAUUGGAUAUGACAAACAAGGACUUCCCAUCGGCUUACAAAUUAUUGGCCGCCCAUGGUGUGAAGCUACAAUUUUACGUCUCGCUGCUGCUGUUGAGGAACUUUGCUGCUCACCCAAGAAAAAACCGCAGCAAUAUUAUGACAUAUUGAAAGGGGAGUAAAAACAAGUACCCUUAUCAAUUAUGAUGAUAUUAUCAAAAUCUGACAUUGAUUUGUUGUUUCUACACUACUUCUGUCCUGUAUUGUUGAGGAAGUAUGUCAAAUUUGCAUGAAAUAUAAACACAAGGCUUAUCAAUCA